UACAUCAUUGUGAAGCAAUAUACAUCGGAACUGGAAGAGCAAAGAAAGAAUCGACGGAAGAGAUGGACUGCAACAGUUCUGCAAAUGAUGGCAUCCUCCACAGAAGAAAGCAAGACGUCGUUCGUUCUCUCUGCAAACGCCUCAGCUUGGAUCCUAAAAGUUCAAGUGAAAUCAUCAGGGAAAAUGACCUUAAAGAGUUGUUUUCAAACAUUUUAAAGGUUGCAGGAAAUAGUGUUGAUCCUGGAAAUAAGGAGGUGCUGAAGUGGGUGGAGUUUGCUGGUAGUUUCCCUACUGAUGCUGAAGCCUGCAAUGAGGUUCUCAAAGGAUUGAAUGAAGAAUUGACCCAAAGGUCUGUUCUCCUGGGGAAUGGACUGAAACCUACUGAAGUUGACAUUUUUGUGUUUUCGGUGUUGCAUUCCUUUGUGAGUGGCCUUUCAAUUUCAGAGAGUCUGAAGUUUUCUCAUGUGAUAAGAUGGAUGGACUACAUUCAGUGCAAGGAGGAUCUCUUGGGAUUAUUUGAGAAGAAGAUCUCAGUGGAGAGGACAGCAUUUGAACCGCCAUGCUCAAAAGAAAAGGUGGAAGCAACUCAAGCAUGUGCAAGUACCGAAAAGAAUGUGGGAAAGACGGAAGCAGACUCGAACUCAAAGAAAAGUGUUGCUGAGAAAAAAGCUGCUGAAGAUGUUAAAAUUACAGAGAGAAAGGUUAAGUUACCAGAAAAGGUAGCGGCUGAGAAGGAUACAAAAGAAGCAGUUGAGAAUGAUAUAGUUCCCAUUAGUUUGCUUAAUAUACAGGUUGGCCUCAUUAUCAAGGCAUGGAAGCAUCCUUCUGCGGACAGUUUACUAGUUGAGGAGAUAGACUUGGGAGAUGGCAACAAGCGGCAGGUGGUCAGUGGUCUAGCAAAGUAUUGCAGUCCAGACGAGUUAACAAAUCGUCAUGUGGUGCUAAUUACGAAUGUUAAGCCCGGAAAGCUGCGAGAUGUAAUGUCUGCUGGACUGGUGCUGUGUGCUUCUAAUCAGGAUCAUACGGUUGUGGAGCCGCUGCUUCCUCCAGAAGGGGCUAAAUGUGGGGAAUGCAUUUCUUUUUCAGGGUAUGACGGAAAGCCAGAGGAUGUUCUAAAUCCCAAAAAGAAACAAUUGGAGAAGAUUACGCUGCAUUUCCACACAGACGACAAGGGUGUGGCUACUUUCAAGGGAAUACCAUUUAUGACAUCGGCAGGUCCAUGCACAUCUUCCAUUCCCAAUGCAAGCAUCAAGUGAGCAUGUGGAGGUGUUAAUCAUGCUUAAGUUUUCUAGUCUACUAUGUCAUCAUGCUGGAAAUCUUGUGGCACGUGUAACACAUGUGAAAUGCUUGGAGGUUAGAAGCCCUUGGCCUUGUGUUCACUGACAAGUGUAUUCUUCCGUUUCUGAUGGAUAUUGAACGAUAUGUAGACUGUUGUCUGCUUGGUAAUUGAUUGAAGAAAGGAUAUCAGAGCAGGUUUUUGUUUGAGAGGCUUCAAUGUUAUUAAUACAUGUAUAAUCUUUCUUACGUGAAAUGUUUGACCA